AUGGCAAAAGUCGAAACGUAUAUUUCAACGGAUUUGUUAAUAAGACUUCAUAUAGUUUUGACUUCGACAGGAUUUAAUUAUGGUUUCGAGUUUCGACGGUUUGUUAAUAACCCUUCGAAACCUGAUUUUUCCAUGCAACU